UGACAUUCGUCGCGAGACCGUUGAUAUGAUAAGACGUUUUUUUUCCUCGUUUGAUCUCCAGUUUCGCGAUAGAUAGCUAUGCGCGUGAACUUCGUCUUUCGUGAAGGUGUUUGAUUGGGUUCCACGAGGAGAAAGAUUCUUGCCAACAUAGCUAGAAGCAAUCGAUAAAGUGCUCCAUCAUUGCGGGAACUUCAAAUAGUUUGACUUCACCGAAGCAAUGCUUACCAGUGGAUAAAGUUAAUGCUGAAAUCAAUAUGAAGAUGGAUAGAAGCAACGCACAAUCCCCGUUACUGGGCGAUACCGUCAUCGAAACAAAUCAACGAUCACCCGAAUGCCACAACGGUUCAACCGUUCCAACGGUUGUCAUUAGCUGCAUCAAUUCAGAAAGUUUAAACUGCCCUGAUAAAAGUGAAGUGCCAAAACCAAAUCCGUUAGUAUCACACGUGUCAAAUGACCAGAAGGAUGCAACCACAGUGCUGGCGUCAUUCUAUUUGGAUGGCAAGCUAGAAGAACUUGAUACCCAGUAUUUGCAACAGAAGGAGGAAGCUGACGAUGAAAAAUUUCGAUCGACAUUCAAAGGCGUGUUCCAUCAGUGUCUGGUGACAUGUGCUGUACUUUUACUAGCGGCAGCAUGCGGGAUGCCAAUUGGAUACUCCGCCGUGCUGCUGCCCCAGCUGUACAACGCCAGCGAACCGCUGUUCAUCGACAUCGAGAUGGGCUCGUGGAUCGCCAGCGUGCACAGCCUGGCCGCUCCGGUCGGCUCGUUUGCUUCCGGUCCCAUCAUGGACCGUUGGGGCCGCAAGCCGGCACUCAUGAUUGCGAUUGUGCCCCUCUUUCUCGGAUGGAUCUUCCUUGCGACGGCAUCAUCCCAUUUCCUGAUUUUGGUUGGACGCAUGGUUGCCGGCACCGCCGUUGGAUUGAUUGGCGCCCCCUCACAGGUUCUUCUUGCGGAAAUUGCGGAGCCACAUCUUCGCGGACUGCUCAUCGGGGUGCCGUUCGUAUCCUAUUCGUUGGGAAUCCUUCUGGUGUAUGCUUUGGGCAGCUUCCUGCACUGGAGGGACGUGGCUUGGGCCGGUACGGUCCUGCCGGUUUUAUCAUUUCUCGCAAUUGCACUGAUGCCAGAAACUCCGGUCUAUUUGGCGCGAAACAAUCAGCUGCAGAAGGCCGCAAAAGCGUUGCACUGGCUUCGCGGCUGCCCGAUACAAGCCAAACGUGAGUUGGUUCAGUUGAUCAUACGAUUCCGCAAUGAAACGGUCGAAGGCCAAAAAAGCGGCCUCUGGAAAACACUGACAGAGAUUGCGCUAGUUAAGCCGCUAAUUAUCAUAAACGGGUUUCAUUUACUGCUGGUUAUGUCCGGGACGUACUUGGUGGUGUUCUACGCGGUAGACAUCAUCUCCGACAUGGGAGGUAGCGAUAUCAAUACGAUGCAAGCCGCUGUAUUGACAGCCGUGGUUCGACUAGUGUUCACCUGCCUGUACUGUUUCUUGCUGUUGAAGAUGAAUCGGCGGACGAUGGUCAUCGGAAGCGGAAUCGGAUCUGGGUUAAGUUGUUUGGUGAUUGCCAUUUUCAUGUAUGCCCGAGUGGAUGCCUUAAAGACAUCAAUGGACACCUACGUGAUGGCGGUGCUGAUAUUGAUCUACAUCGGAGCGAAUACCGGAUUCAUGACCAUGCCGGGGAUCAUGAUCGGAGAGCUGCUGCCGGCUAAGAUACGUGGUCAGAUAGCAGGAUAUCUGUUUACUAUAUUUAAUUUAUUGUUAUUUGGAAUUGCGAAAGCGUUUCCCUACAUUAAGGAAGUGCUCAAAACGCAAGGACUGUUCCUGGUAUUCGGGAUGGCUUCGUUCGGUGUUUCCCUUUUGGUAUUCCUGAUGCUGCCCGAAACGAAAGGUAGGACGCUGCACGACAUCGAGGACUACUUCAGACAACGGAAUUGGUUCUGGUUGAAUAGGAGGCUGAGCCGUGUGAAGGGAGAAAUUGGAAUCGAGGAAGAAGGGACACCACUGAAGGAUGUGAAGAAGUGAAGUGAACCGGAUUAUAGACAAAAUAAGACCAUAUUGUACAGCAACUUGUAAAUUUUUGUAAAUACCUGCGUAGUACAUAUUGAUAGAUAGUAGUUUUAUUUUAAUUGAUCAAUUAGUAAGCAUAUAAGACAUCGAUGUGGUGAUUGUAUCAAAUUGAUUGAUGUCAGGUCUGUCGAUGUAAAGCUGUAGCCAUCUCUUCAAAAAGAAGGAUUUGACCAAAUCCAAGAUAGUAAUAAAUUAUAAUAAAUAUUCUGACCACUGACGGAAAAUUUAGCAACGGUAGCCUCAUUAA